AUGGCUGCUGAGCUACCUUCACAGGCGCCUCAGACUUGCGGGUUCCCCCUGUAUCCAGAAUUGCCCCAGUCUGAGUCUGACUUGAAACCCCUGCCGCGGCGGAUCAAGGGCCCUCAGCUGAAGCCGUUUGACUUCCAGGGCCCUCAACAAAUAGAAUUCCUGGAACAUCUUGGGGACGGCUUGCAUUCGCAUGUUAUCAAAGUCAAGAUUUCGGAGCAGAUAUACGCACUAAAGCUGUUCAUGUUCUCAGAAGAGGUGGACUAUUUUGGCCCCCCACUAUCUUGUGACUACGACGAAAAGGACCGCAAGGAAGUGACCGCUUUCUACGAGUUCCUGGACCCGUUUAACUGCGAAUGCCGUGCCUUUGGCCGCCUCCACGAGUCCGGCCACCCUGAGCUGGCAGUCGAGUGCUACGGCUAUGUGCUCCUCGACGAGGAUCAUGAACGCGCCCUGAGGGACCGUUUCCCCGGUCGCAAGCUCGAGGAUAUUUUCCAAGACGAACCUGGAAGUCGGCGCCGGAACUUCCUGACCAGAGACGGCAGGCAACCUCCCAUCCGAGCCAUUGUAAAGGAGUUUGGAACCGGCGUGGACAAGUUGCGGAACCGCCAACUGAGCAAGACCCUCCAGGACGUUGUCCAAUUGCAGCAGCUUGGCAUAAUCCAAGUCGAUGUGGCCCAGCGACAAAUAAUCAACGGCAAGCUCUGCGACUUCAGCACCGCCAUGACCACCCCCCAUUUUGCCAUGAGUCCUGAGUUGAACCGACAUCUGAAACCCUGGGCGCUAGCUCUCAUGGAGUUUAAUCUUUUCCUGUCCAGCUGCAAGGACUACAGCGCCUUUGACGAAGUCGUUGAGGAAUGGAACGAACACAGGCUUCAGAAGGACCACGUCUCAGUCAAGGCACUUCCCCAGUUGUAUGGACCCUCACCUUGGACCUACAAUUUGAGAAGGACGCCAUCUAGGGAGCGUGUCUUUACCCAUGUUGACCCGAGACUCUACGACUGGAGGGCACAUGCCCGGGGUAGGGAUGAGAACUCGGCCGGGGGACAAGCCAAUGGUCAGAGCUCAAAGGGUAGUGGCUCUGGUAGGUCUGUUGCAAAGGUCUCCAAGACCCGCCGACGGUUGAAAAAGCCACCUCGAUGGUACUACGAAGGGAGUAAGGAGAAUAUGGCGUACCUGAGAAACUUAACGAAUUGCCGGUGCUACUUCUCAUGGGCGUUUAAACGUGGUUUUUUCAUUCCAACGAGGUGUGUUCCUUGA